AUGGGUCAGUCACGACGCCCUGUUGGCGGAGAAAAGAAGAGCCGCUUUGGGCGCUCCAAAGCAGUCGCAGAUGUUGGCGAUGGCCGGCAAGCGGGGGGAAGGCCGCAGGUUAGGAAGGCCGCCUUCGAGAGCACCAAGAAGAAGGAGGUCGGCGUGUCAGAUCUUACACUGCUCAGCAAGAUCUCCAACGAGGCUAUCAACGACAAUCUGAAGCUCCGAUUCGAGCAUAACGAGAUUUAUACUUACAUUGGCCAUGUGUUGGUCUCAGUGAAUCCUUUCCGAGACUUGGGUAUCUACACAGAUACUGUCCUCGAUUCGUAUCGCGGCAAGAACCGGCUCGAAGUCCCUCCCCACGUAUUCGGAGUCGCCGAGUCUGCAUACUAUAACAUGAAAUCUUACAAGGACAACCAGUGUGUCAUCAUUUCUGGAGAGUCUGGUGCAGGAAAGACCGAGGCCGCGAAGCGCAUCAUGCAAUACAUUGCCAGUGUCUCUGGCGGUGGCGAUUCGUCUAUUCAGGAGACGAAAGACAUGGUAUUGGCCACAAACCCGUUGCUGGAGUCAUUCGGUAAUGCGAAGACGCUGCGCAACAACAACUCGUCACGAUUCGGAAAGUACCUAGAGUUGGAGUUCAAUGCCAACGGUGAGCCGGUGGGAGCCAACAUUACGAAUUAUCUGCUGGAGAAGUCUCGAGUGGUGGGACAAAUUACGAACGAGCGAAACUUCCACAUAUUCUACCAACUCACAAAGGGUGCCCCACAGAAGUACCGUGACAGCUUCGGUCUUCAGCAACCUCAGUCUUACCUUUAUACGAGCCGUUCUAAGUGUUUCGAUGUGCCGGGCAUUGACGAUGUCGCCGAGUUCAAGGAUACACUGGAUGCAAUGAGGGUAAUUGGAAUGAGCGAUGCCGAGCAGGACAACGUAUUCCGCAUGCUGGCAGCUAUUCUCUGGAUUGGCAACGUUCAGUUCACCGAGGAUGACUCUGGAAAUGCUACUAUUAGCGAUCAGUCAGUCGUUGAUUUCGUCGCCUAUCUGUUGGAGGUCGAUUCUGCUCAAGUGAACAAGGCUUUAACUAUUCGUCUGAUGGAGACUGCUCGAGGAGGGCGCAGGGGUUCUGUAUAUGAAGUGCCACUGAACAGGGUCCAAGCUUCAGCCGUUCGGGACGCUUUGGCCAAGGGAAUUUACUUCAAUCUGUUCGAUUGGAUUGUGGAGCGCGUCAACCAGUCACUGACUGCUCGAGGUUCCAUCACCAAUUCCAUUGGUAUCCUGGAUAUUUACGGAUUCGAAAUCUUCGAGAAAAACUCUUUUGAACAGCUCUGUAUUAACUAUGUCAACGAGAAGCUGCAGCAGAUUUUCAUUCAAUUGACUCUCAAGGCAGAACAAGAUGAGUAUGCCCGCGAGCAGAUCAAGUGGACUCCUAUUGAGUACUUUGACAACAAGGUGGUUUGCUCGUUGAUCGAGGACAAGCGCCCCCCUGGUGUUUUUGCCGCUUUGAACGAUGCCUGCGCGACUGCUCACGCUGAUUCAGGCGCGGCCGAUCAGACUUUCGUUGGUAGGCUCAACUUCCUGUCCCAGAACCCCAACUUCGAAGGUCGCCAGGGUCAGUUCAUCAUCAAGCACUACGCCGGUGACGUCGGUUACGCGGUAGAGGGAAUGACGGAUAAGAACAAAGAUCAGCUAUUGAAAGACUUGUUGAACCUCGCCCAAUCUAGCAGCAACGAGUUCGUCCACACGCUGUUCCCCAACCAGGUGAACCAGGACGACAAGCGUCGCCCACCUACUGCCGGUGACAAGAUCAAGGCAUCCGCAAAUGACCUUGUGGCCACGCUCAUGAAGGCGCAACCAUCUUAUAUUCGUACCAUCAAACCCAACGAUAACAAGGCCCCCAAGGAAUACAACGUCGGCAAUGUUCUGCACCAGAUCAAGUACCUGGGUCUCCAGGAGAACGUCCGCAUUCGACGUGCUGGCUUUGCCUACCGUCAGACCUUCGACAAAUUCACCGAGCGAUUCUACCUCUUAUCCCCGAAGACCUCGUAUGCCGGUGACUACACAUGGACCGGUGAUGUGGAAUCUGGCGCGAAGCAGAUCUUGAAGGAUACCCGGAUCCCUCCCGAGGAGUACCAGAUGGGUAUCACAAAGGUCUUUGUGAAGACUCCUGAGACAUUGUUCGCACUAGAAGCUAUGCGAGACAAAUACUGGCACAAUAUGGCCAUCCGCAUCCAGCGUGCUUGGAGAAACUAUCUCCGGUACCGCAUUGAAUGUGCGAUCCGCAUCCAGCGCUUCUGGCGCCGCAUGACCGGUGGCCUCGAACUGAUCAAGGUUCGUGAUCAGGGACACCAAGUGCUCCAGGGUCGCAAGGAACGCCGGAGAAUGAGUCUUCUCGGCUCUCGUCGCUUCCUGGGCGAUUACCUUGGUGUUGGGAAUACCGGUGGCCCUGGUGAAAUGAUCCGCAAUGGUGCAGGCAUCAGCGGUUCAGACAAUGUUGCUUUCUCUUGCCGUGCCGAGCUUUUGGUGUCCAAGUUCGGUCGUUCUAGCAAACCUGUUCCCCGGAUCCUCGUCUUGACGAGUCGUCAUGUCUACAUUGUUGCACAGAGUAUCGAAAACAAUCAGCUUGUUAUUUCAGCGGAACGAACCGUUCCGGUUGGAGCCAUCAAGAGUGUCAGCACUUCGAAUCUCAAGGACGACUGGUUCUCGCUGGUUAUUGGGGCUCAGGAACCCGACCCGCUAAUCAACUGUGUCUUCAAAACCGAAUUCUUUACUCAUCUCACCAAUAUCCUGCGAGGCUCUCUGACUUUGAAGAUUGGAGAAACUAUCGAAUACCAUAAGAAGCCUGGCAAGCUGGCGACUGUCAAGGCAGUCAAAGAUCCGGCUGCUGGAAACGUCGACACCUACAAAAGCAGCACAAUUCACACUAGUGCUGGUGAACCUCCUAACUCUGUCUCAAAACCUACUCCGCGGCCUAAGGCGGUUGCUGCUCGCCCGGUUACAAAGGGCAAGCUACUUCGUCCUGGUGGCCCCGGUGGCGGCCCUUCGAAAUUGUCUCAGGCUGCUCGCAGACCUGUCCCUGCCGCUCAGCCUCUACCCCGGUCUACCCCACAGCCUGCCGCAGUACCGCAACCUGCUGCCCAGCCACGCAUCGUGCCUCAGCCUGUGGUUGCUGCCGCGGCUGUACACUCUCGCAACGAGUCUUAUAGCUCCGUGAGGUCUUCUGGCUCCACGAGGGCUCCUCCACCACCUCCCCCUGCGGCACCUCCUCCAGCCUCAAGGAAGCCUGCAGCAAAGGUCAAGUAUGACUACACCAGCGACCGGGCCAAUGAGCUUUCUAUUAUCAAGGGCGAAAUUGUGGAGAUUGUAUCCAGGGAAGGAAAUGGAUGGUGGCUGUGUAAGAACACAACAACAUUAGCGCAAGGAUGGACCCCCGAAUCCUACCUUGAAGAAGUAGCUGUCGCUCCCACACCCAAGCCCGUUCCACCCCCACCCCCGGUGGCACCCCGCGCAACCCCCAGCCCUAUUCCAAAUGGCGCUGGAGCAGCUGCAGCCGCAAAGACCAAGCCCGCCCCGCCAGCACCCCCGGCCAAGCGUCCCAACAUGGCCGGACGCAAACCCGCGCCCCCGCCCGCUCCGCGAGAUAGCGCCGUGAGCAUGCAGUCGGGCGACUCAUCAGGCGCCAGCGGCCGCGGCACUCCCAACAGCGCCUCAAACGCCAGUCUGGCAGGUGGUUUGGCCGAGGCACUGCGUGCACGACAAAGCGCGAUGCAGGGCAAACACGACGACGACGAUGAGUGGUAG